UGUCCCCGCGAGGGCAAGCCCUUCAAGGCCAAGUACAAACUCAUCAACCACAUCCGCGUGCACACGGGCGAGAAGCCCUUCCCCUGCCCCUUCCCCGGUUGCGGCAAAGUCUUCGCUAGGUCCGAAAACCUCAAGAUCCACAAACGGACUCACACAGGGGAGAAGCCCUUUAAAUGCGAAUUCGACGGCUGCGACAGGAAGUUCGCCAACAGCAGCGACAGAAAGAAGCACUCCCACGUCCACACCAGCGACAAACCGUACUACUGCAAGAUCCGCGGCUGCGACAAGUCUUACACGCAUCCCAGCUCCCUGCGCAAGCACAUGAAGAUCCACUGCAAAUCGCCUCCUCCUUCUCCUCCGCCCGCCCCCCCGGGCUACGCCGCGCCGGGAUCCCCCGACGGCCCUUUGCCCCCCGGCGCCGAGCUCCCACCCGAGCCGCCCCGCACCCGCGCGGCCGCCCUGUCCCCUCCGGUCACCGACCUCAGCGAGUGGUACGUCUGCCAGGCCGGGGGGGGAAGGCGGCCGCGCAGCCCUCCCAGCCGCUCCGCCUCGCCGGGUUCCGAGGGGGACGGGCCCCGCAGGACCUCGGGAGGCCGGGCCGCCCCCUAG